GUGAUGCGCUUUCACUUUUGAAAAGUGAAGACGUUGAAGACCGACUUUGAAAAAUAUUCUGUGGAUAUUACGGAGUUAACAGAAGACUGAGAUGGAGGAACAUGAAGAACAGGGUGUAGGCAAAUCAUUUGUAGACAGGAGAGAGGACGCAGCUCAGAUGAAUCUCCGGAAAGAACUGAACAUCGCAGAGAAUGUGGAACUGCACGAAGGUUUUCAACGACGCCUCGCUUCGAUGUCCCGACAUAAACUUGGAAACCGACAUCAAUCACCUAUGGCUGCUGUGGCAAGGAAGCAGUGUGGUGUGUAGGUCUUGGUGCACUUUGACGACUUAUUGGCCAUACAUCCUGUGAAUGACCUUUUUGCUAAAGCCUAAUGCCAUCGUCUAGCAGUAAGUACAAUUCCGCAUCACCGAUGACCAGGGUGAAGUUGUAGCAGACGAAUUUUAGACAUACAAUAGUAAAAUAUUGUUUACAGAAAUGCUUUUAUCAAUUAUGGAUGAAAGUCCACUGCUUGGAAUACAAAUAAAACCGUAAAUACAUUUUGUGAUGUUGAUUUCAUCUAUUGAUAGAUUUCUGUAGUAAGUGAGAGCGAUUUGCUAGAUGUGUAUUGCCUUAGUAAAAGUAGUACCUGUUACCUACUUUUAACAAAUGUUCAUACACACAGCCGUGACCUUUAUUGACCCCGUAAUGGAUUUAUGCAGGGAUAAAUACUUAUUGCUCGUAAUAGUGUUAUGUAGGAGAAAAUUAUUAACAGUUGCAAAUGUAAAUAUAUUGAAUUAACUAAAGUACGAUUAAAUGUGAAAACAGUAAAGCAUGCGUAAAUUGCACAAGGUAUGGUGACCUAUUUCCUUUGUGUCUCGAUUUAGAUCAUCUCGGCUUACGGAAAAGAACUAUAAAUCUUUAUUGUUUCAUAAGAAGUUUCUAUUUCCCUGCAUGCACUUUUAAGACCCGAGAACUCAUAUUACUCGUCACAAGUGCUACAGUAAUUGCUAAUCACAAUCUUCAUUUUUUUCUUCUAGGAGUAUAAUAUUGAACUAAACCAAAUACCGAACAUGUACAUUGUUGUCCAUUUAAAUCAUGCAUGGUGAAAUCAUUACGAUUGAAUCAUCAAGUUCUGAGUGACAACAUCCUUAAAGUGCUUGCUUCCGCUCUAUCAGAAUAUACAUAAAAUACUGCACUUGUUUUCCUCGAUGUGUACAGAGAGAACGAUGGAUAAAGAAUAAACUGACAUGCUUGCUUGCGAUUAUAAUCAAAGCUUCUUUUCAGAUUAUUUUUAAAACGCAUGACGGAAGGCAAUAUAUGUGUGUUAGCUCGACAUUUUCUUGAAGGACCUUUUUACAAAUAUCAGCAUUAUCGCCAGUGUUUAUUGAUUUUUCUAUCGACUUGGUAACAUAUCGCACUUUAUGAUGGAUAUUUCAUAGUAGUAAUUCCUUGAUUAUCAAGAAAGAUUUUGCAGAAUUCAGGAUUUCAACCAUGGCUACAGGAAGGACGAAAUCUAAUAAGUUAUUUGCUGAGGUGACAGCUGAUUUGACCCCGGAACAAAUUGAAGAGUUCAAGAAGGCAUUCUCAUCCAUUGAUCUGAACAAAGACGGUAAAAUAUCGAACAAAGAACUGGUUCAGGCCGCGAAACUACUGGGUAUCAAUAUUACAGCAGAAGAAGCGAAAGAUUUGAUCAGAAGUGUAGAUCUUGACAAGGAUGGCAAUAUAUCCCUUGAGGAAUAUGUUCUACUAAUGAAAGACACUUAUCUACGAAUUGAACUGACCUGUGAACGAUAUAAGGCAUCGUUUAUGUUGAUAGACCAAAACAAUGAUGGUGUGAUUUCAUUUGAGGAGCUUGUACGUGCUUUAGCCUUUAAAAAGGAACAGUACGACCUGAACCAGGUUCGCGAGAUUUUCAGUGCAGCAGACUCGGAUAAGGACGGAUCUAUUAAUUUCAAAGGUGAAUAUAUCUAUUAUGUCUGCUUUUUAUUUCUAAUGGAUGACGAGUCAAAAUUCAAGUAAAUUUUCUUCAGGUCUUUCAAUGUCAUAACAUACAUGUAAUUACACUUUUAUAUCGAUUAACAUAUAUUCGGUGAGUAUGUUUUGCAUUAAAUUACGUCAGAUAUCUUGAGGUAUAUGUACAUACAUGUAAAACGCUGUUCACUUGAAUAGCAUAUUGAAAACAAACUUUCUAUAUUCUGCAAACCAUUGCAAGAUAUAAGUAUGUGUUAAUAAAUAGACUGUGUAAUGUUUAGUGCAGCAAAGGUUUAAAAUGUUAAAUGGUUGUUACAUUUGUAGCGGACAGUAUAAGAGGGAACUUAUACUGCCUCGCUAGUGAACUAGCUUUUCUAGUGAUGUGGUAGAAUGUCUUUCUUGAUCACCCAAGUUAAGCAACGGCGAGAGUGAUCAGCACUUUCUGGGUGGCCGCUACACAUUACAAUUUGGUGGCAGCGGUGUGACUCUAGUGUUUGGUGGGAGGCCUGCUUCAGGUAUAGUACGGACGUGAUUUCGUCCGGGGACGACAGCGGUUUUCGUCGGGAACGGUAGAUGCCGUUGCUGAAGAGGUGACAAACAUUCAGUGAGAACUCGCGCAAAGCUUCAGGACGAAGCUUCCUUGCGUGAGAGGGAAGUGUAGCGGACGGUAUAAGAGGGAACUUCUACUGCCUUGCUAAUGAGCUAGCUUUUUUAGUGAUAUGGUAGAUCGUCUCUCUUGCUCACGAAAGUUAAGCAACGGCGAACGUGAUCAGUACUUAUCUGGGUGACCGCUACCCAUUACACAUUGUUUAAGAUUUUUCUUUGAGCUGCAAAACUAAAGUAUAUAAACUAUUGUUUUAUUUUCAUUUUCUUCAGAAUUUGCCACCUCAUCUUUACCAUCUGUUGUUUUUGGAGAAUAGAGAUGAACUUUAAAGCACCGAUGAACGUGAUGGGAGAUCCACAGAAAUCCAGAGAACAAUCGACCAGAUUAUUCCACCAGGCUGAACUACAGACUAUACAUGUAGAUUGUAAUCAGAUUUGAAUGUGUUCGAAGUAAUUCUAUAGAAUUAUCCACACAUAUGCGUCUUUCUUGAUCAAUGCAGUUUACAUCGUUUUUAUAUGUUGUUUGACAUUAAAUAUUCUAAAUAUUUGAACAACUUCAGAUUGCCUGUACCAACAUUAUAUACGUAAAUAAACUCAAUUGUACUUCA